AUGAGGGAACCAGUGGGCGCGGGAAGGCCAGUGGCCCCUGCGAUCAGCUCCACGCAGAAGCCGCCCCCGAAGCCAUCCAGGACGGACUUCCGGCUCCUGACGGAAAUGGCUUUGAACCGAGCCGGAAAGCCCGCCUUCUCAUCCGACGUCUCGCGCCACGCGCACGCCGGCGUCCGGCGCCGACUUGCGGCGCUGGGUGAUGACAUUGUCCCGACACCGGAAGUGCCGGUGGCAGAGAUGUGGCCGCUGGGAGGCGUGCGGGCUACUUUGGAGGCUUGGUCCGGGGGUUGGGGAAGGAAACGGUGA